CUUUGCAGUGGAGCUGGUUAGUUGCAGGCGAGUGUCUGAGUUGGAGUGUGGCCAAAACGCGAAAUCGCGCAUCGAAACGAAAACGAGAACGAGAGUGAAAAGUGAAAAUAUUUUGUGCAAAAUAAAAAUUGCAACGUAUUGUAUAUAACGGAAGUGAGAGUGUGUGUAUGGAAAUUUUUAAUGCAAUUAAAGUGCACGGAAGUGACUUCCAAUCAAAGAUAUAUUUGUUUGUUAGCAAAAAAACAACUCUUUCUGCAAAGUCAAUAGUCGGUGAACCACUGCUGAUUGUGAUAAAAGUUACAUAAAAUGCAUUAACACACUUAUAUAAACACACACACAUAUACACCCAACCGCGUGGAACUCACUCUUUUACAAAUAGUAUAGAUCGCAUAGAGUGGUUCGGGCUACCCAACUAACCUGCUAACCGAGUGCCCAACUCAAUUGGCCAAGAGCUAAUCCAAACAAAGUGUCUGCGCAUGUUGAAAGCGUUGUACGCUCUUCUCCAAAUAAAUCAAAGCAGUCAAUAUGAAAUGUCGUUGUGUCACUGACUUUAUUGCCGUCGUGGUUGUUGUUGCAGCGGCUGGCGGUCUUAUUGUUUUCGCUAUCGCAAUGCAAAAUUCCAGUCGGCGCGUAGAGCGAAAGCUAGCGGCGCAUGAAAAUAAUUUAACUAAAAUUACAGAACGGUUAAUGCUUAUUGGUACAACAACAACAAAAGCAACGACAACAACCACAACAACAACAAUGAAAACAAACUCAAAGUUGUCAACCGCAAGCUCCAUAUCGACUGAUACCACCGAAGCAGGAAGUUUUGUGAAUAUAAUACCAAUAGAAGUCGCAAGUAAAAGAGCAAAUGCAAUAAAUAAGCCAAUAGCAAUGGAGGCGUAUAUGGUCACCGAGGCGUAUGAGCAACCUAGAAUUAGUUCAACGAGUGUAAUGAACCCAACAGCAGCUGUAGCAACAACAACUCCGGCAGCAAACGACGGCCUAGCUACAAUACCGGCUUAUAUAACAGCUGAUGCUAAUGAUGCUGAUGUUGAUGUGGUCGUUAUACCGAAUGCUUCAACGAGAAUCAUAACAAGACUUAGGACAAAGCCCGUGGCAAGAGCCAUUGCAGCAGCGGCAGCGCGCGCGACAACGAAUGCACUCGAGGAGUCAACCGCAUGGAAGACACUAACCUCACAUCCAAAUUCCUUGGUGCAACUCUUUCCGUCACGUGCGAUGCGCGUCGUGCAAGAGGUGGUCAGAUCUCUGCGUAAGGACACAAAUGUCGUAAUUGAAACAACUUUGGGUAAAAUACGCGGUCGUUUCCAAAAGUAUAGAUCCGGUGAACGUGGAGGGUAUUACAGUUUCAAGGGUAUACGCUAUGGCGAAGCGCCGGUAGGUGCCAGGAGAUUCCGCGCCGCUGAACCAGAAAAGCCCUGGUUUGGUAUACGAGACGCAUCGCGUGAGGGCAACAGCUGCCCGCAUAAAAAUAUGAUACUGGAUACAUUUAAAGGCAGCGAGGACUGCCUAUUCCUAAAUGUCUUCACCACACAAAUACCCAAAGCGGAUGACGAACUGCUGUUGCCUGUUAUGGUUUGGCUGCAUGGUGGCGGCUACUCAUUCGGUUCCGGCAACACGUUUCUAUACGGGCCUGAUUACUUGGUGGCUGAGGAUAUUGUGCUGGUUACACUUAAUUAUCGUUUAGGUCCAUUGGGAUUUCUAACAGCUGGUCCAGAUGCGCCGGGCAAUCAGGGUUUAAAGGAUCAAAUACUUGCCUUGAAAUGGGUGCGUGACAAUAUCGCUGCCUUCGGUGGUAACCCGAAACAGGUAACGUUAUUCGGCGAAUCAGCUGGCGCCUCAUCAGUGCAAAUGUUACUCCUGUCACCGCUUGCCGAAGGUCUUUUUCAUCGCGCCAUCUCACAAAGUGGUUCAGCACUAAAUCCUUGGUCUAUGGCUGAGAGCUCGUCAGAGCGUGCGUUUCGCUUAGCCGCCAAUCUCGGUUAUUUGGGCGCCAAUGAUACCGAAGAGAUAUUGGAGUUCUUGAGACGUGUACCUGCUAUGAAAUUGGUGGAGGCAGCACCAACGACACUCACGGUAGACGAUUCGCGCAAUAAUAUAGGCUUGCCAUUCGUGCCGGUGGUGGAAGGCUAUUGGAAUGCACGUGGCGAACGUGAAAUAUACUAUGAGGAGCCCUUCAUGACACAACAUCCCAACGAGAUGUACCAGCAACACAAGUUCCACAGUAACGUACCAUACAUAACCGGCUACAAUACACACGAAGCCAUGCUCUUCAUACGAAGGUUACGCAAGAAUCCAAAAUUACUGGAAAUAAUUGAAAACGACUUUUCACGUAUGAUACCACGUGAUCUGAAUGUUACAGGCGCAAGUGAGCGUGUUACGCGGGAUAUACGUCAAUUCUAUUUGGGUACUAAGCAAGUAGGCGUGGACUCCGUGGACGAAAUGAUUGCUCUCUUGACGGAUCUAAUGUUCCUGCAGGGUAUACGCAAGACAGCGCGAAAUCACGCCAAAUAUGGCAAUGCACCUGUAUAUAUGUAUCGUUUUUCGUACGACGGUGCGCUGGGCCUAUAUAAACGGAUGUUGGGCAUUAACAGACCAGGCGUUUGCCAUGGCGAUGAAAUGGGUUAUCUGUUUAAAUUUGGUUUCUUCAACUUAAGUUUAGAUCCGCGCUCAACCGAGGUGCUAGUGAAGAAUCGCAUGGUGCGCAUGUGGACGAAUUUCGCCAAAUAUGGCAAUCCCAGUCCGAAAAAUGAGGAAGACACAUUAUUGACCACAAAUUGGGAACCCAUUGACCCACAAACUGUGAUGGAAGAUAUCAAUUAUUUAGAUAUUUCACACAAUUUGAGAAUGCGCAGUAAUCCAGAGACAGAACGACAACAAUUUUGGGAUUAUAUGUAUGGGCAUUUCAAUGGUGCUGCGAUGUAAUGGAUGCAGGUGCACACGAAAUCCGAACUCACAUGUCAACAAA